AUGUGGCGGCGCACAUACUUGCUAUUGGUGCUGGUGCGGUUAUGGUUCGCCCUCUCUCCAAGCUACCUACACCCGGACGAGAAUUUCCAAGGUCCAGAGGUCAUUGCAGGAGAGAUCUUCAGCUACCCAGUGCGUCGUACGUGGGAGUUCACAAGCGACAACCCCAUCCGCAGCGUCUUUCCGCUAUGGCCUGUAUACGGACUACCGAUGCUGUUGCUGCGAUGGCUGUGGAUCGGCAACGGUCAAGACGGCGAGAUUCCUCCGAUCGCAGUGUUCUGGACGCUGAGGGUCCUCAUGUUCUUGAUAAGCUUCGUUCUCGAGGACUGGGCGCUUCAUGAGUUGAUCCCUUCGCCCAGACAUCGCCGUGUUGCAGUAUUGCUUGUGGCCUCAUCCUAUGUCACAUGGACGUAUCAAACUCACACAUUCUCCAACUCUGUCGAAACCCUGGUUGUGGCUUGGAGCAUGGUCCUCAUUCAAAGGAUCGUGGAUGACCAGCAACAAUCGUCAUUCAUGGCCUCCUUUGUGCUAGGCGUCGUCAGUAUCUUCGGCCUCUUUAAUCGGAUCACCUUCCCGGCUUUCUUGGUGAUCCCAGGCUUCCGCCUGGUUGCCCAUUUCUGGAGAAAUCGCCCUGUGAUCACGCCGUGGAACAACCUGAGGUACAACUCAGACCUCGAUAACCUCGCUCAGCAUGGCCUUCAUCCAUGGUACCAGCACCUUCUCGCCAAUCUGCCAAUGCUUAUAGGACCUGCUUCCUUUCUCCUCUUCCUCCGGCCGCACUUCUCACUGCGACUUUACUCGGCCGUCUCAGGGAUCUUUGUACUUUCUGUUUUCCAGCAUCAAGAAGCUCGUUUUCUCUUGCCGACGGUACCCUUGAUCUUGUCAUCGGUGCGGCUUCCUAAGAACCAGGUUACUCUACGGAUCUGGGCUGGCGCGUGGAUUAUCUUCAACCUCUUCUUCGGGGUUCUUAUGGGCAUCUAUCACCAAGGCGGAAUCGUGCCCGGCCAAGUGUUUAUGAGCGGGCAGCCCGAUGCCACCACAGCCGUUUGGUGGAAGACUUACACGCCUCCCAUCUGGCUUCUGAAUGGCAAGAACGAGGUCCUUCAAACGAAAGACGUGAUGGGCAUGCAAGGCGAUGACCUAUAUGAGCAACUCACGGCACUCGCAACAUGCGACGUACCCGCUGAUCGUCGCAACCAGGAGUACCUCAAGGAGAAGAACGGCACAUACCUCAUAGCCCCUGCAUCGGCCAUAUGGUUGGAUCCAUAUCUGCCAAACAAAGGGCUGGAUGGGUUGAGGUUCAGAGAGGUGUGGCGACACAAGAAGCACUUGAACUUGGACGACCUCGAUUGGGGCGAGGACGGUGUUUGGAAAACCCUCAAAAGGGUCAUUGGGAGAAGGGGCCUGGUGGCCUGGAGGGUCACCAAAAGUUGCUAG